AUGCUUGUCGUCGGGUUGCCGCCGAAGCAUGUCCUCAACAGAAUCGCCCCGUCGUACUUCCGUAAACCGAAGGCAUCACCCGAAACCUGGGUCGAUCCGGAUCCAAGGACACAAGCCGAAGACGCUAGAUAUCUGUCAAAGUAUAUAUUUCCAAGACAGUAUGGCUUGUCGAGCCCAUUUAUGAUCAAGAGACAACAAUAUGAACGAUAUACGAUCCCUGACUAUACCGACAGAGAGCAAGAGAUACAAGUACUCUCGCAGGGAACCUGCAAAACUCCGAAGCGGCUAAAGGAAUCGCUUAAGAUAUUGCAGCGGAUGGUUUGGAAGCACAGCAAAUGCGGUUACAAACCACUCAGAGACAAGUUCUGUCCUUCAAAGGCAAAACCCUCGGGGAAGGAGGACUUCGAUAGCACAACCAUCCUUGAAAUGAUGUCGGAAGAUUCCUCUACGUUAUUCUCGCAGCCGGCUCAGCUUGAUACAUCAAUGGACACGUCCCGAUACGAGGCGUCUCUGGGAGCAAUUGAUCAGGCCAAGCCUAGACCUAAGUUCGCUGAAUUCGCUUGUGGUUAUGUUGAGGUUUACCGCUAUGUUGCUGCUAUCACGCACUGCGUUAUCCCGAAAGCAUUCUGGGGCAGCGAAGCUAAUUAUAGGCUAAUAAUGAGACAUGUAAAGCGCUUUAUAACAUGUCGGCGAUACGAAACCCUCAGCCUGCAUUGCGUAUUGCAAGGUUUCAGUACCGCAGCAUGCGAAUGGUUGAUGCCUCCCGGCGAGAAGGCUCAAAAGCAGAGGCGCGUUUCUGUCUCGGAUUCACUCAAGCGUCGCGAGUUACUCGAAGAGUUCUUGUUCUGGUACUUCGACGGCUUCAUAUUACCGUUGCUCAAGACCACGUUUUACAUCACGGAGUCGUCGGCAUUCAGAAACAAAACGUUGUAUUUUCGUCAGGACGACUGGGAAACACUUUGUGCACCACUAUUAGAGAAGCUCACCUUGACAACUUUCACACAAAUACCCGACGUAGACGCCGAAGAACUACUUCGCCAACGCAAACUUGGGUUCGCAUUCGUACGCCUUCUACCUAAGGAUACGGGGGUGCGGCCCAUCGUCAACUUGAGACGGAAGGUGCAAAAUCGAGUCGGCACGUUUUCCGGUCCUGAGAAGUCCAUCAACCAAAUACUACAGGCCGCAUUCCAUAUCCUAUCGUAUGAGAAGCAAAAUAAGCCAUCGCUCCUCGGAGCCUCCGUCUUUAGUCCAGACGAGAUUCACAAAAAGUUGAAAAGCUUCAGGGCAAAUCUACCCAAAGAUGCCAGAGGCAAACUGCCGAAGCUUUAUUUCGUGAAGCUUGAUGUUCAGGCCUGCUUCGACAGUAUAACGCAGGCUAAGCUGCUUGAUAUCUUGCGGUCUUUGAUCUCCGAGGAAACGUACCUCCUUCAACGCUAUGGUAAAGUUUCGUCGUUCGCUGGUAAAAUAGAGCGACGGUACAUGAAACGGGCUGUACCUGACGAUGACCAACCUCACUUUCUUCGAUAUGCAACCGAACUGGCUAGCUGCUUGCGGGGCACAAUUUUCGCCGACCAAGUCGUUUAUCCUCACGCAAAGCAGAACGAUAUUCUUCAGCUUUUAGAAGAGCAUAUAACAGAGAAUAUCGUGAAGAUAGGGAGCCAUUAUUAUCAACAAACUGUAGGGAUACCCCAAGGCUCGAUUCUAUCCACUCUACUUUGUUCCUUCUUCUACGGCGAUAUGGAGAAACGGUUUCCCGCUGCCGUCAGCGAGGGCGAAGACAGCAUUAUGCUGAGAAUGGUGGAUGACUAUUUGUUCGUUACGACGAGUUUAACGAAAGCGAGGAAGUUCCUGACCAUGAUGCUAGAAGGUCACCCCGAAUACGGAUGCUUCAUCUCCAAAGAGAAGACAUUAAUUAAUUUCGAUCAUGGCCAGAUGGUUAUGAAUGUGGUCGCGCCCUCCGACCAGAGAUUUCCGUGGUGUGGUUUAUCCAUUAACAUGAAGGACUUGUCUGUAGCGGUUGAUUAUUCUCGAUUCCAUGGCACAAGUAUCGGGAACACGCUGACCGUGGAUCGUGGUCGCAACCCCGGGAAGACGUUCGUCAAUAAAAUCCUCCGGUUAGCAAAAUCUCGCAGUCAAGCAAUUCUCUACGAUCCAGAGCUCAACUCAGAGCAUGUCGUCUUGCUAAACGUCUAUCAGCAUUUCCUUAUGCUUGCUAUGAGAACGCACGCUUAUGUACGAAGUUGGGGGCUUAAGACGAAGCGAGACUCUGCCUACUUAUAUCUCCCUUCCAUGUUAAUAAAAGCUAGGUUGGGUAUGCACGCGUUCAUGUCAAUUCUUGCUCUCAAAAAUUUGCAUGGCCGACAUACGCUUGCAAUGCUUCUACGAGAUCUCGCUGCACGCAAAUACAGGCACAACAACAAGCGCUUCCGCAAGCUGAUUACAGAGGGAAUAUCCUCCAUUGCACCUAUUCGAUUUUGA